ACCAGAGACAAACAUGAAGAGCCUCACACUCCUGAUCUUCUGCUGCAUGAUAGCUGCAUGUCUGAGUGCAGGUCUUCCUGACACUAAAUCAGUGAGUCCUGCAGAAUCUCCCAGUGAUGAUGGUGUGUUUGUGAAACGAGACGUGGCCUCAACAGUCGUGAGACAGAAGAGAGCAGGAACAGCACCUGCAGACCUGACUGUGGCUCAGCUGGAGAGUCUGAGGGAAGUGUGUGAAGCGAACCUGGCCUGUGAGGACAUGAUGGACGUGUCCGGCAUCAUCGCGGCCUACACUGCGUACUACGGGCCCAUCCCCUACUAAAGCGCCGCCGCUGGCCCGCGUCCAAGCGCAUUACGAGCAUCUGUCAAAAAUGAUUAAAAAACCAGAUCAAUACCAGAUCAUAAUAAAGA